AUGUCAGAAGAACUAAUAACAACCCGGCUUCACAUCGCCGGUCUCACACCCAGCAUAACCGCCUCCGACCUCCAAGCCCGUUUCUCAUCCUUCGGCACUGUCCUCGCCCUCGACGGCCUGCACCUCCCGGACGGCCUCGGUGAGCCGCGCAAGUUUGCAUAUUUGACACUGCAGAGCACGCCGGUGAAGCUGAAACGAUGUAUGAAUGUGCUUUCUGGGACGAUGUAUAAGGGUGCGAAGCUGAGGAUCGGGGAGGCGAAGAUGGAUUAUACAGCUAGGUGGGAGAAGGAACAUGCGGAUGCUGUUAGAGAGGAAGAACAGAGAGCGGGAAAGCGACGGAAAAUGGAGCGGGUAAAAGAGGCGAAAGAUAUGAGUCUUGUGACGGUGAAUAACGUUGAGGGUCGAUUGUACUGGCACGUCACAGCUCUAAACCACCUCAUCCGGCCCAUCCGCAUGCGACCCCUCCGCCCUCUUCCACCCCUUCCAGAGCUCGCCUCCAGCAGUAAACCCAUGUCCUCCAAGAAGGCGUUGUCGACCGUGCCGCUCAAGAGAGCCAGAAGGAUGGUGAUCGACCCUCCGAAAUGGGGGGCGGUACACCUUACUGGCGCGUUGUUGGAGGCGGGUGAGGUCAUCCUUCCCGACCGGGAGAGAGGCGUUGCGCACUUUGCUGAAGAUCCAGCGGCUGCUCCACUUGAAGGUACCAAGAAGUCCAAGAAACGGAGAGCUCCUGCGGAACCUGAACCCCCUGCACCUGCGCCACUCCCUAAGGCUCAAGAACAUGCCGCCCGUCCACCCAUGAAGGAGAAGGGGAGAAAGACAGAUGAUGUCCUCGCCCUUAUUGAAGGCGAGAAAAGCGCGGGAUUAGAUCUGAUACGCCAGAUGUUUGGUGAGGGGAUGGAGCGUGCUGAGCGUUGGGUGGACGAGGAUUCUGAUAUGGAGGUUGAGCAUCCUGAGUGGAAUAGGAAUGAGAAGCCUGAGAAGGGGAAGGGGAAAGAGGUGAGAGUAGAACGGGAAGAGCAAGAGCAUGAGCCAGUAGAAGAAGAGGAAGACGCAGCAGAGGCGGAGGAUGAACAGGAACAAGAAGAGGAAUCGACCGCGGAAGUGGAGGAGGAGCCAGCAGAGGAACAGGAUGAGGAUGAGUCCUCCGAGGAGGAGCCAGAAGCGCCCGCAUCGACCGCUCAGCCGACAGGUGGGCCAGAGCCCGUGCGAGAGAGCCUUAAGGACCUGUUCGCCCCGCGAGAAGAGACAGGUGGAUUCACCCUCGACCUGGACCUGGACGACCUCGAUAUCGACCCCACCCUCGCUCCUGUGCCUCUUCCCUCCUUCCCUGCGCGUCCUGUCCAACCUCUACCGAGCUACGAUCCUCCGACAACAGAAAAGUCCGACUGGACUGCGUAUCCCCUGUUCUUCCCCACUUGGGACGAAGAGGGAAAGCCGGUGGAACAUUUUGCCCAUGGUGCAGGAGGAAGGAGGCGCGCGAAGACGUUCUGGGACGUCGCAAGGGAGAAAGGCUGGACGGAGGGGUGGAAACAGGAAACUGAGGAUGAAGCGAGAGAGAGGUGGGAAAAGGUCAGAGGACCGCUGACCCAGGAAUGGAAGAAACGGAGUAGGGAGGCCAAGAGGAGGAAGAAAGCGACUGCGUUGGGCGGGGUAGGGGAGGGGAUGUGA